AUGCCCAGGAUCCAUGCCGUGCAGCGAUUCAAGUCAGAGUUGUCAUCUUGGACCGUAGACAAGCUGGUGACAGAGGCCGACCGAGAUCUACCCGAUGGAGACCGUGUGAUCUUCGCCUCGUGCCUGUUGGGCCGCUCGCGCAGCGUGUCUUCGGUCUCCGCGCUGGAGAUCAUGCGCUCUCUGCGAACUUUGCUGUCGAAGCGGGUGGUCGGAUGGCCUUCUGACAGUGCUUGGGAUUGUUGGGGGACCGGGCUCCGAAUGGAAUUUCCGGAUGAGGACUCCGAAAGUGGGAAUGGCGAAACUGGCGGCAGUAGCAGCCUUAGACUCUCGGAUCGUGGGGUGUUGCGCCUUCUUGUGCGGCUCAUGGAGCUUUUUCCUCUCAGUCGAGAGCUUCAGCAACAAGGAUGCUACCUACUUUCCGUCUUUGACGGCAGUGCAGAAUUACCUCAGUGCUGCACGCUGGUGUUGGUUGCAAUGGAGACAUUUCCGGACGCAGCUCGGCUCCAGAAAAAUGGCUGUCGCGCCAUCGGAAGCUUGUGGCUCUCUGAAUCGCAUCGGCAGCGGCUGCUGUCCCUGGGAGCGGUGCAGGCGAUUUCGGCGGCCAUGGAAAAGCAUCCCGAGUCCCUGACCCUCCAGCGGAUAGCCAUCGAUGUGUUCCACUGCCUAUUUAGCCGUGGGGCCAGAGAAGGGCAGCCUCAGUGGGACGCCAGUCAAGAGGUGGCAGCCAUGAGCUCCCUGUUGUGGGCGGCCGAAAAGCACCUCGGCCGCCCACCGCUGCAGUUUCUCACCUGGUAUGCCAUUCACGAAGCAUUGGAUCGACCGAGGAGCAUGUUGAGUUUUUUGGAGUCUGGCGGCAUGGUCAUGGCUUUCCGGACCUUGACGAAAUACAGCUCAGACGCAGCCUGUGACGGGUGGAUUGGGCUUCGGGUUUCAGCACUGGCAGCUGUCUGUUUGGCAUGCGCAGAUGCCGAGGGACAGAGGCAUGUGCAGGAGUGUCAUGCUGAACUUCUACUGGAGACUUUAGAGAAUGAGACGUGUCACGGCGUCAUAAAAAUUUGUGGUGCUGCACUUGCAGGUCUUGCAACCGAAGCGGGCUGGGCUCGCUGGCUCGCGCGCAGAAAGGCUGCUGCUGGAAUUGUGCGGGCCAUGCACGAAGCAGUGCUCCGGGCUGGAGGUGCUGAGAGCGAGCUGGCGUGCAGGAAGGUGGGCUGCGCCGCGCUGGCGGCGCUCUCUCGCUUCGGCCUGGAUUCCGAGAGCUCCCUUCUCAUGCUGCAGUUCGUGCUGAGGUCCAUGACGGUACGCCCUGAGCACUUCGCCAUUCAAUUUUGUGGGGUCUCGGUCUUGACACACUUGAGCCUCGCCGACGUCCAGAAGGCAUCCGCACUGGGUGCCUGCGAUGCUGUGGUAGCCGCCAUGCGCGCGCACGAAGGGGAGGACAUGCAGAUCCACGGCUGCCGUGCCCUGGCCACCUUGUGUGCCCACGCGCCCAACAAGGCCGUGCUUGCCCAGUGCCAGGUCGUGCCGCUCUUCAUGGACUCUCUUGCAAGGCUCCCAGCCAGCAGCCCGUUCCAGAAGGAGGCGCGGAAGCUGCUCCGCACCCUGAGCCAGGAUGCGGAUGCGCAAUUGCACAGCCGGGAGCUGCGACUGGUGAGCCUGCUCUCCUAG